CAGGCGGUGACGUUGAAAAGAAAAGCCAGAGCAGAAGCCAUGCCGCGCGGGUUCCUGCAAGAAACCAUUUGUCAUCCUCCGGGUGGCUUCUCGCGCAAGGAAGAGCUCCAGGAGGAAGGGCUUCAUGUCUGCAGCCCUUCUCGAGCUCGCAGGAGACUGAACCUGUUUGCUCAGGAGCUGCCACGGAAGGGACGGCUCCGGACCUCUGCUUUAGACUUCUUCGGAAUGAAGGAGGAGAGCGAUCCGCUGCAGGUGUUCAAUGACCCCAUCGAAGACUUCCAAGCACCUCCGGUUGGGCUGGAACAGAUCGAGGUGAAGCCACGUCAGCCUUACGUGCUGGAGGAGGUGCAGCUAGACCGUCCGGGACGUCGCUCCGUGGAGGUGCCGAUCCACUCGCCCGAGGAGGCCAAGGCCUUUGCAGCGAACUACGCGGUCGCCUCGCACCUCCCAGUGGAUGUGGAUCUGGAGAAGAAUCAGAUCGUCCCAGAUGAUCCGACCCAGGCGCCUGAUCAGCCAGACGAAGAGGUUCAGUAUUGGGUCAUGGAGGGCUCUGAUGGAUCUGGGCCAGUGGUGGUUCAUCAUGAACAUCAUGUCAGCCAUGCCCAUCAUGAUCAUGAUCAUCUUGGGCAUCACCAUGGCAAAGAUGGGAUGUCCUACUCGGAGCAUGAAGAAACCAUCACCCACACCGGGCACGGCGGGCAACACGGAGAGGGCGGAGCGAUGACGGUGCGGCAUCACAUCGUCCAUCGAGUGCACGAUGAGCCGCCAAGACAGCGCUUCGUGCCUCCCCCCAAGCCGCAGGACGAGGAGUUGAAGCUGUUGGACGAGCCACAGUGGGUGGAGUUCGACCUCGAGCAUUUGUCUUUCGCUGAUCCAGGCGAACAGGUCGAACCGCUCCAGCCGAAGAUUCUGCUGGGCGGCCUCUUAGCCAUCUUCGCGCAGGUCUAUCUGUGGGGCAAUGUCUUCGUGACGCUCUUCAAGCCGAACCGCGCCGUCGCGCCACCGACCGCGGCGACAGGUGACGCGCGCGCCGGUCCGGAGGCAGCUCGUCAACCGCCCUUGGUGCUUUAUGGCGCUGGUGGCGCAGUGGGAGAGGUGCGUCCUCUGGUGGGCGCAGGCCCAGAACUUGCUCCCACGCCUGCUGGGAGCCAGGACACAGGAUGAUUGGGCUCGUGAAACCAACGUUGUCUUCAUGAGCCGCCUGGGGGUGUUGGAUGGGCCCUGUUUCACAAGCGGAUGGGCUUGGAUGCGCGCCGUUACUGCUCUCC